AUGUCAAUGGCCGUGAAACCUGCUAUGGUAGGCGCCUUAGCGUGCCAAAGGAACUCUUUUCUCUUUGGUGGGUUUAAAACUCUGGUUGUUUCCUGCGAGCCAAAGAAGGAUAAGAAAGGCAAGACUGAAGGUUAUGAGAUCGAACUACAAGAUACAAUUCUGUUUCCGGAAGGGGGCGGCCAACCAAGUGAUUCUGGCUUUUUGAAAAUUAUAGAAGAAGAUGGUGAUUCGUCGGUAAUUAGGAAGAUAUUAGUGUCACAUGUCUCUCGUUCUGGUUUACAUGCAAAGCAUCAUGUUAGCGCGCAUAUUGAGCCAGGCACAACGAUUGAAGUAAAUGUAGAUGAGGAGAAAAGGAUUGAUUAUAUGCAACAACACACUGGCCAACACUUAUUGAGUGCUAUUUUGGAAUGCGACUAUAAAGUGAACACUGUAUCAUGGUCGAUGGGUGGCAUUAUCACUGGGAAAAAGUCGGUUCUAAAGCCCAGUGACUAUUUCAACUAUAUUGAGUUGAACAGAAAAUUGACAGAAGAGGAGAUAACAAACAUAUCGGAUGAUAUUGAUCAGCUGAUCGUUAACUCUCCCCAAGAAAUUACUGUAAUAGAAAGAAUAAAUGAAGAUGAGGCAGAUGGGGUUGACACAUCUAAAAUUCCUGACGAUUAUGACCUCUCUAAAGGUAUACUACGUACUAUUCACAUCGGUAAUAUCGAUUCUAACCCGUGUUGCGGAACACACUUGAAAUCUACCUCCCAGAUAGGUUCCAUCUUAAUUCUUUCUUCUCAAUCAACUGUAAAAGGCACAAAUUCAAGGCUCUAUUUUAUGUGUGGAAAGCGUGUUUCUGAUUACGCGAAAUCAGCUAAUAAAAUUUUAUUGAACUCUAAGAAUUUAUUGAGUUGUUCAGAAACUCAAAUCCCCGAGAAGGUAUCAAGGCAAACCAAACUAAUUCAACAAUCAAGUAAAAGAGAGCAGUAUUGGAUAAAGAAAGUAGCACGUACUGCCUCUGAAAAGUUGAAAAAGAAGCUAGAAGCCAGUGGGAAGAAAAGGGCAUAUUUUAUGGAAGAAGAGUUCGGGACAUUGGAACUAUUACUACAAGUUUAUAAAGAAGUGUCCAUUUUUUUGAAAGAAAGUUUUGAAGUUUAUGAGAUCAUCCUAUGUGGUUACGAAAGGCAAAGCAGCUCUGGAUCGCUGCUAAUACUUUCUGAUACGGCUGAGAAAAUCUCCACCUUAGCUACUGAGCUAGGUUCGAUAUUACAAAAUUUGAAAGGUGGAGGCGGUAAGAAAGGAGGCAAAUGGCAAGGUAAAAUUUCAUUCAUAUCGAAUGCUGAAUCUGCCGCACUCACUGGUUAUUUAAGCCAUGAUUUUGCAUCUUGUUAA